CCUCAACCCCGCCCACUCUCUGUUGGACACAUUGAAACACGGCGCACAGCGCACUGGCGCACAAGGUCGCCGACGUUGGAGUGGAAAAAGAUAUUCCCCACCCCCCUUCAGCUUUCGUCAUUAGCGUAUUGCAGUUGGGAGAAGAAGUAGGUGGUGGGAACCGGGAACCGCCGACAUCCAUUCGACGAAAGUGAUCUGCUUUCAAGCCUUGACGCGACCUCGCUUCGCUUGGAGCCAAGCAAAGCAUCCAAAAUGCCCGCUGCCGCCACCCAUCAGGCACCUGCGCUGAGCCGCCAACGCUCUUCACGCCUGGAGCUUGAGCCGAAUCCAUUCGAAGCCUCCUUCAAGUCACCCGAAGGAGACGGCUUGGACGGGGGCGUGGGUAAAAGCGCCGAGACAUCAAGUACGUCGCCAUCGAAGGGCAAGCGGGCAGGAGCCCCGUCGACCACACGCACGCGCAGUAGCGCUCGCAAUGCUGCUGCUGCCAAGGCGAAGGAGGACACCGGAAACGCAGCAGAUGAAGCACCGAACAAUAGCAAAGGGUCUGUUCCUUCGACCCAGGUGAGCGCCGCCGCCGCCAGCAUAAACGGCAAGGCGGCUAUUGGUGGCAGCACACUUCCCGGCGUCGCCACUCUCACCUCUCCAUCUGGCGACGCAGCAAGCCCGUUCAACUGGAUCAACGGUUCACUUCGCACAGGCCCGUUGAGCCCUGCAAUGCUCGGAGGCCCAUCUGCAUCUGCACAAGGAUUCGACCCGAGCGCCUUCCGCACCGGCUUCACACCGGAUCUGUCCAACUACAAAACGGGCUUGACGCCACUCGGUGGUAUCUCAUUCCAGCCGCCCAGCCCGAACACGGCCGCGUUCCUGGCGAUAGUCAGCAACGGAAGCAAUGGGGUGGCGGUCCCGGGCAACGGAGGAUCGGCGGCGAUGACCCCCAACACACUCAAUGCGCUCGCUGCGAGCGCACCCGGGCUCGCAGACACCACGGCACCUAGCACCAUGGGUCCGCCAGGGACAUCUGUCGUGGGGCAGUUCAACAGCCAUGCUCGCGCGGACAUUGUCCCUCAGCCAUUCGACUAUGCCUUCUCACGGAGCAUUCAUGACAAGCCUACCAGCCGGCUGCGCUCUUCGACGACGCAUGAGGACGAUGGGAGUCACAGCGUCAGCCCGGAGAUGAUCAACAAGUCACUCGGCGCGGAGGCCACGGGCACUCGUGGCGCCAUCGGCCACCGAUCCGAUGGCAGUCUCAUGAACCCGAACCGUGCCGGCAACGCCCAGGGUAGGUCAGGGCAAGGCGUCCAGGGCCAAGGCCCAGGGGGUCCAGGUGAACCUGGCGCCGACCACGGCGCUGCGUCAGGCUUGUUCUUGCUCUCCCAAGCGCAGCAAGAGCUCAGCAAACGCGAAGAUGCUGAUGCGGCCGCGCAUGCCGCGGCCCAGGCGCUCACAGGAAUCCCGCGAAGGCAGGCUCCUCCGCAGCCGCCACAGCACCACCAACAACAGCAGCAGAAGCAGCAGCCGCAACAUGCCCAUAUGGGGCAUCAGCGGCCACUCCACCCUGCAGCGGUAGCCAUGUACACGAACGGCAUGGUCGCCCCGGCAGGCACGACGCAGACGAGCAAGGGCGCCGGCGGCAAAAGCGCGAACAAGCGCAAGAAAGCCAAUGAUGAUGAGGGCGGGAAGCCAGGUGGAAAGAGCGGAAAAGCUGGCGCUGGGGCCGAUGCAGCCACCGUCCCUGCUGGUGGUAAAGGGAGCAAAAAGCUGAAAAGCGACAGCGGCGGAGCGCUGGUAAACAGCAGCGCAGCGAACGCGGCGCAUUCCAAGGCGGGAAGCAGCGAGGCUGCGAGUGAUGAUGACAUGGACGAUGGCGACUCGAAGAAUGAACAGGAUUUGGACGAGGACGAAAAGCGACGGAAUUUCCUAGAGAGGAACCGGCAGGCCGCCCUCAAGUGCCGGCAGAGGAAGAAAGCGUGGCUGCAGUCUCUGCAGGCCAAAGUCGAGUUCCUCACUCAGGACAAUGAGAGCCUGCAGAACACGGUCGGUGCGUUGCGCAACGAGAUCGUCUAUCUCAAGACGCAGCUCAUGCACGCCAAUGCGCAGAUGCUCUCCGUCGCGUCUGCGACGCAGGCAAACGGGCCCGCGCCGGCUGUCGCGGACGUCGUAGCGGGGAGGGGCCCGGUGCCGCCCGUAGCAGGAGCAGUAUCAGAAGCAGCAGGAGCAGUAGUAGCCACAGGAGCAGGUGGGCACGGAAGACCGGGCAGGGCGCACCCGUCUGCGAGCGGGGUACCAGGAGCUGGCCCAUCUGGCGCCGUGCAUGCAGACUCGGCCGGCGGCGGUGGUGCAACAGGCACAACCAUGCCACCCGGUCUACAAGGCAGCGUCGCGGGGCUACCGCCUGCUAAUCCGCCGACAUUUGAGCAGAGCACCGUGCAGCGCACCGGGAGCUAGCCACAGCGCAACGAAGCGCCUGUGCCUCACUGUUACCCUCACCCUCCUUCUCGACUACCGCACCGCGCCAUUCGCAUUGCUUGCUUUACGCGCCUUCCACUUGUCUUUUAUCGCAUCUCUCUUUUCCGAUCCCCGGUCCCGCCCCACUGUGCACGGUUUGCCUUCGCGUCUCGGCUCGGCUCGACAUGGCUC